UUCAUUCCCUGAUCGUCUUUCUUCUUCUAUAUAAUUAUCGCACUCUUAUCAUCUCAUCCCUUCACCAUGGGAAGCAGCAUGAAGGUACAUCAGUUCGCACGUGGAUUCUGGCCGGAGCACGAACCCUCCCUCACGCUUGGUUGCAAGCGCUUACGCUCUCUUGCUCCCAAGCUGGCUAAUACCGUCGACAGUACUACUACAACUGCUGGUGUUGCGGCUUUUGAUCUCAAGAGCUUCAUCAAGCCUGAAAGUGGCCCCAGAUCAAAGUUCGGUUCCUUUGACGAGAAGCGAGAUUCACCCCAGGUGGAAACGCACCCAGGAGGGACGCGGUGGAAUCCAACGCAGGAACAGAUAGGGAUAUUGGAGAUGCUGUACAAGGGCGGCAUGCGCACUCCUAAUGCACAGCAAAUAGAACAAAUCACCGCGCAGCUUGGGAAGUACGGCAAGAUCGAAGGGAAGAAUGUGUUUUAUUGGUUUCAAAAUCACAAAGCCAGAGAGAGGCAGAAGCAGAAGCGCAGCAGUCUUGGUCUUGGCCAUUGUCCGAGAACUCCGGUCCCCAUCACCACUAUCACUUUGGAGACCAGGGGGGGAUUUGAAAGAGAUCAGGAAGUUAGUCCAUACAAAAGAAAAUGCAGAAGCUGGGCAUCCGAAAGCUUAGAAGAAGAAGAUCAAAGCAAGUCAUGUACAGAUCAGGAGGGAGAUAGAACUCUGGAGCUCUUCCCAUUACACCCGGAAGGCAGAUGAAGGGGUUUGGAAUUUUUUUUUUUUUUUUUUUCUCAGCUUUGAGCUUUUGUUCCAGUCCUGUAAGCUGCUUUGAUGUGCUUUUUUAUUUUCUUUCUUUUUCUUCUUUUUCUUUGUUUCGGGAAAGAAGAAAGACAAAGUUUUUUUUUUCUCUCUCUCUUUGUACUCUACUGCUUAUUAUUCCUGACUUGUAAUCAAAGGGCUAGUCACUCUCUUUAUUCGAAGA